AUGGACUUCAUCCCUAACCACACCUCGGAUAAACACCCAUGGUUCCUGGCAAGCAAGAACGGCAGUGACCCGCGAGAAAAUGAAUUUAGAUCGUAUUACGUGUGGGCACCUGGUCGAGGUGACAAUGGACUCCAACUGCCAAACUCAUGGACAACAGUGGACGAAUGCGCUCCUGCCUGGAAGAUCAAUGAUGACAACUUCUUCUACCUGCAUCAGUUCAUGGAGUCUCAGCCGGAGUUGAAUCUCCGAAGUGCCAAAGUCAGAGAAGAGAUGGAGGAUAUACUGAGGUUUUGGUUAGACCUGGGUGUGGACGGAUUUUAUAUUCGUGAUGCUGACUACCUGUUCGAAGACUACGACCUUCGAGAUCAACAGGACAACGUAACCAGUCAGGAAUGUGGUGGUACAUCUAACAGAAAAUACACAAAGGGACUCACAGAAGUCUUCGACAUGCUAGCCAGAUGGAGGGCCUUUCUGGACGACUAUGGGAAUGAAACCAGCCAAACAAGAAUCAUGUUCGCCGACGUAGACGGUUCAUAUGAACAUGUGAUGAACUACUAUGGAUUGUUCAGUCGAGACGGCGUCCAUUUUCCUCUCAACAAAUUUAGCUUACAACUGAAUAUCACCGCAGGGGGACAGAACAUCAAAACAAUGGUGUCCAACUGGAUGGCCAAUAUGCCGAAAGAGCACUGGCCAAACUGGAUGGGUGGAGAUGACCGUAGUGAAAGACUUGCGGACCGACUUGGAGAAAACGCAGGCCCAUAUCUUAUACUGGCCAUGCUGUUACCUGGAACACCAUAUUUUUACUAUGGCGAUGAAAUCGGUCUGCAGGCUGUGAAUACAACAAAUGGAACACAGGAACACACUAUGGCCCUGCCGAUGAGAGGUCCCAUGCAAUGGAGCAACACGACAUCGGCUGGGUUUUGCUUUCAAUACUGUGUGCAUCAAUGGAUGAAAGUCCACCCAGAAUAUAAGAAUCAAAUGAACGUUGAGGCACAGAAAAGGAACCCGGAGUCUAUAUGGAACUUGUUCCACAAUCUGACUUUACUGAGGAAUAAUACGCCUUCUUUCGAGUACGGAGAUUACAUCCCUGCUAUUCAAGAUGAUGAAGUCUUCUCCUUUGUCCGGGAGUAUGACGGUAAAAAGGGCUACCUGGUGGCACUGAACUUCGCUGGCAAAGAUGUACAGAAAGACUUUCGAGGCGUCCAUCCAUCGAUCCCAGCCAGCGCUACAGUGGAGAUAGUCACGGGCAAGGGAGCUCGUCACACCAAGUCAGGCAGUGCUCACCUCAACAGUCUAGCACUGGCACCUUUUGAGGGGAUUGUCGUCUCAUGGGAUUACAAAGCCAAGGAGCUCUGA